AAGAGAGAAAAAUUGAGAGAAUUGAGAAGACUCCAUGCUGGACGUUAUUAAGCCUGCUCAUGAUGGUCUAGACAGAGACCCAUGAGAAAAAGGAAAAAUUGUUCGAGAGUUUCUUAAUUACAUAUCAGUUUUGUCUUCAUGAUGUCGGGAUCAUCAAAUAUUCAUUUUCUCGUGCAAUCAUUACCCACCACAGAAGAAGUGAUAUUGGAUCGGCUUAAAGAACUUGCUGAUAAAACCAACCGUUUUGGGCACAUCAACUCUGGUUUUACCAGUGCAUUACGUUCCCCUGUCCAGCAGUGUGUAGUGGGACCUUCCCAUAUUGUGUUUCUGCUGGAGGAUGGAAGGGUGUGCAGACUUGCCUUCAAUGUUUUACCGGAUCGCUUAGAUCUGAGCAAAAAUGAAGCAAACCGGGGGAAAGAUGGCAAGGGAUCUGGCCCAGGUCCUAGUCGCCAGACUUGCAAAAGAGGCAGGUUGCUCAGAGCUUCCAGUCUCAGGGGUGCAAGCAACAGUGGAUCUAGGGGAACAGGACUUUUGGCUUCCGGGGCAGUGGGACAUGGUGUCAUCAUGGCUAGCUCUAGACCUGUCUUUGUCCCUGAAGAACUAGUUUCACAAGCCCAAGUUGUCCUGCAAGGAAAAAGCAGAAGCGUUAUUAUUCGCGAGUUGCAGAGAACCAACUUGGAUGUCAAUCAAGCUGUCAACAAUUUGCUUUCACGUGACGAUGAUGAGAGUGAAGACGUUGACGAUUCUCAGGAUUCAUACGUUCCCGAAGACUUGAUUUCUCUGCUCGAUCCUGGUGCAGGGCUACACUCUGACCAUGCAGGGCCUUCCGUCAUUAUUGACGCUGACGCCAUGUUCUCAGAAGACAUGUUUGGUUAUUCAACCAUUCGCAGCCGCCCAUCCGGAAAUAAUCGUGGAAGAAGCGUGGAAGGCGAACGAGAACGCAGCAGUGAUCGAGCAAAAUUGAUUAACUGUCUCACAGGAGGUGGAGGUGGUGGUAGUGGAGCAGGGACAGGAGGAGCAGAUCGUGAAUCUGGGAUGUUUCGUUGGCGAGAUCGACAUUAUCUUGGACCACGUCGUUGGCUGGAAACAGCGCUUCGAGACACUUGGUACGAACGUGACCUGGAUGGCAGCAAAAAGAAAGACACUCCACAUCAAACACAGAGCCCUCUAGGUCUGUCAGACGAGCUUGAAUUUUGGCCUGAACGAGGCUCUAGUGGUCCGUCUCCCCGUUUCACCAGCAUUGCUGCAAUGUAUUCUGAGUUGAUCGCACUUAGUACAUCUGGUCAAAUCCUCUCAUGGAAAUGGACUGACGCGGAGCCUUAUCGUCACCUGGAUUUCCCUCACGCUCAUCACCCACGAGCUCUUACACUGGGGCUCUAUGCUGAAAAAAUUGUACUGCUGUCGGCAUCCGUCAUACGGUGCACUGUGGUAACGGAAUCGGGAAAAGUAGCCAGCUGGUUAGAUGAAACUGUAGCUCACGUUCCCGGUAUCACAAGACUUGAACAUGCUGCCCAGCACCCCUCUGAAUUUCACGGCGAAAAAAUCGUUUCACUCGACACCUGUUCACUCUACUCGGCUGUUCGACUAGAAAAUGGAGCCAUUUAUUGGUGGGGCGUAUUGCCACCAGGCCAACGCCGUAAACUUUGGGACAAAUACCGAACCAAAGCUAAGAAGAGCCACAGCAGCUCAGCUUCCGGUUCCGAUAUCGUUACUGGCGCACAGGUGUGUAUGAGAAGUAGUCCCAUGUAUCAAGCUGGAGCCAUUGGAUUCUCAAUCAUCGAUGGUGUGCCGAAAGUCGGUCAGCUGCAAGGUUCAGCAUGGAGCUGGACUGAUACUUGUCGAUUCCGUAUCGUCCCAGGACCCCCUCCCUUGGUCCGCCUAGCUCCACCUCUUCCACCCGGAGGUAGUAGUGACAGCAAACGUGGCAAUGCUGCAAGUGGAAGUAGCAGCAGUAGCAACGCCGAAACCUCUAAAACAUCGAGCACUCGUGAGGCGGUUGUCGAAAAACCUGACAUGCCUCCUCCUCCAUCGCCAGCCAGCAGCACUUGCAGCGAAACGGGGAGCGUAGCAGGAGGCUCACAAAAGAAACACAAGAGACCAGCUCCGCGCGGCGAUAGCGAAGACAAACGUGGCGACGAAGAGGAAUGGGUGUUAAAAGAUGUCAUUUUCAUCGAAGAUGUUAAGAAUGUGCCCAUUGGCCGCGUCCUCAAGGUGGACGGCGCCUACGCUGCUGUUCGUUUUCCGUCUAACAAGGAUUACAGCGGCAAGGAAGCUAAAGAUUUAGUUGUGCCGGCAAAUAGCGGCAGCGAAGAUCCUGCUUCGCUUCUACAAGAUUGCCGUUUAUUGCGUAAAGACGAAUUGCAGGUGGUAAAAUCGGGCUCAUCCAUCCGGAUCCCUGAUUGUUUCCAAAGACUCCCGCGACGAGUGACGUUGGCCGAUCCCGGACAGAUUUUAGCCUUCUCAGUAGACGGACAAGGUAUUCACACGGUCAACAAAGUUGGCUCUCAGCUCAAGUACACAAUCUACAAUCUGAGCACGGGAAAAGCCGAGUAUGAAUCGAAUAUACCAACGGACUAUACCUCGUUCAUGGGCCUCAACGUCGGACGAAACAUUGGACUCUUCAAUACAGGAGAUGGUGACGCCUUGACUCUGCUCCGUGAUGGAAAUGGCACAAUCUACCCUUUGUCACGUGACUGUCUCGAUUCUAUUCGUGAUCCGCAUUUGCUGGAUUUGCCACCAAUGCGCUGCCUGGGUUUCGGUUCCCAUUCUCUGCAAGGGGUUGGUCCUGGACAGAAGACUCAAGCCAUAUUACUCGUACUCGUCACCGAAAAUCAAUUAUUAAUGCCCAAGUUGCUGGCCUGCGAUAUCGAUGGCGUUCGCCACGUCAUGAACUGCUUAGAAACGUCUUCAGAAGCCUAUCGCCUUUCCGGCGUCCAGAGUAUCGUCAACGAACGCUGUGAUGGUGGUCGAAACGUAAUCCACGCCUGCGUAUCCAUGUGCUCACCAACUUCAAACAAAGAUGCGGACGUUCAAGACGAGCGAAAUGUAGCACCCGUCGCCAACUCCAUCGCUGAUCCUCUAGAUCCCCUUCCGGUGGGUUUGAGCACUUCCUCCCGGGCUGUAAGUCUCAGAGAGAUGAUGAGGCGUGCUGCUGUUGCUCGACCAUCGGAAAGUUCCACAGCCGAUUCGGGAGUUCCCAGUAGUAGUUCCGUAGUCGAAGAAAACAUUUCUAUUCCGACGCUCAAUUGGCCACCGGAACCGAUGUCUUUGGAAUCGUCCAAUCACGGCGAUGACGAUCAAGCUGGCUCGAGCAGUGCCGGCGCAUGUGGCUCCUCCAAAAUGGCGGCUGCUGCCGUUUCCGACCCUGUUGAACGACGUGCCAAUUCCUUGGCCGCGUUGAAGGCCAUCACCGAGAGUCCAGCUCUGACCCCUCAUCUACAGACACUCCUUUCCGCGCGUGACGCUCAAGGUCACACACCGUUCAUGCAAGCGGUUGCCGUUCGUGCCUACCCCGCAGCAUUACUUUUGCUAGAUGUGGCCACUAGAUUAUUUCGACAGAUUACAACGGAAGUGGACGCUCAGAAAAAGCUGUUGCAGAGUUUCAUUUUUCCAUUGGGCAAGAAUGGCUGCAGCCCGGAUGACUCACCGCUCCAUGUUCUCUGUAGCAACGACACGUGCAGCUUCACUUGGACCGGAGCCGAACACAUUAAUCAGGAUAUCUUUGAAUGCCGAACAUGCGGCCUUACGGGAUCCCUUUGCUGUUGUACCGAGUGCGCCCGCGUAUGUCACAAGGGUCACGAUUGCAAGCUCAAGCGCACAUCGCCCACCGCUUAUUGUGACUGCUGGGAAAAGUGUAAAUGCAAGGCUUUGGUUGCCGGCAAUCAAAAACUUCGAUUCGAAUUACUCUGCCGCUUGGUCCACGAGACGGAUCUGGUGAACAUACCCAAUAGUAAAGGAGAGAACAUACUGCUUUUCCUUGUACAGACAGUCGGUCGUCAGUCGGCUGAACAACGACAGUACAGACCCGCCCGUUCCCGAUCAACUGGAAUCGCCGCUUCGAGAAAAGUUUUAACAUCUGAACUGGAACCAGAUAUGCCUGAACACGAUCUAGAACCACCGAGAUUCUCCCGAAUGGCAUUGGAUAGACUUUUGAAUGAUUGGUCAUCAGUUAAAGCCAUGUUGCUCUCUGGCUACAAAGAGGAAACAGUUGCCGGUUCCAGUACCAUCGCCGAAGAUCAAGCAUAUCUUCAAAGCCAAAGUGGGACUACUUUAUUGGACAAAUUUACUCACUGCAUGUUAGUCAAAUGUUCGGUUGAAAUGCUGGACAGCCUUUUGACUACGCUCAUCGCUGAAAUGGAGAACAAGACUUGGUGGUCGAGACAACAGGAAGCUCGUCUUGCUGCUAGGCGAUUCGUGCGCUCGGUCGUCCGGGUCUUUGUCGUUUUUAGCGUUGAGAUCGCUCCUCAGUCUGGAAAGAAGAAGAAUAAUGCUUCCAGUGCCAGUGUUACUUCACAGCCGUUGAUGAAAUGCAAGCGAGUAUUCCAGGCUCUUAUUAAUCUGGCCAUUGAAGAACUGUGCGAAGCAGCUGAUGCCCUGAUCGUACCCGUCCGGUUAGGUGUCGCCCGUCCAACUGUCCCAUUUCCGUUGGUGACUUCCAACGCCGACGCCAUUCAUGGAAGCGAGGAACUCUUUUCCGUCGAUCCCUUACAACCGCUAACACCCCGAGCAGCCGACGAAGAACACGCGGACGGCUCUUCUGUACCAACUGGAUCGCUCGGUGCUGGUUCCAGCGCUGCAGGUGGUGGUCGUGCCACCACUCGCCGUAUGGAGUCUGAAGAACUAGACACCAUCGAAGGUGAUGAAGGCGAUGGAGAAGGUGACGGCGAUGCUGAAGCGGACAAUUCAGAACACGAAGAUGCCGAAGGCAAUGGUCGCGGCGGUGAUGGAACUGGUCGACGAGAAAAUGCUGGUGGUGAAUCGGAUAUGGAGCUGGACCUCCUAGCAGAGACCGAAAGCGACUCGGAUGACAACGAGCACGAACAUGAUAACGAUAAUCAGAGCACUCACACUCAGGACAACAAUUCGGUCCAACGUAGUGUGCAGACAGGAGCUACAGCCGGUUCCGAUGCGGCCAUGGCAUCCUUGGCGUUAUUCUCUGAUGAUGAAUCUGGCGAUUCAACUGGUCAAGAAGAGGAUGAAUCGGACGGUGGUGAAACGGACGAACAAGAUACGGAGGAAUUUGCGUUCUCAGACGAACAACUGGAACGCCGCAAUAAUAACCCUUCGUCCGCCGUACCCGCCACUGCUGCUGCCCCUGUCCGUGGUACCUCUGGCAUGGCUCCGCAAUCGAUGAUGUGGGCCAUUCGCCAUCGAGAGAACAAUGCCGUACGUGGCGCUGGCGCCAAUGGGGCCGUCGGUAGUGGAAACGCUGUCGGUGGUUCAACCACCAAUUUGAUGUACUUAGAACCUACUUCUCUUCGCCGAUCUGCGGCUGCUGCUGCAAUUGCCGCCGCCACAGCUACACUUCCCGUGGUACCGGAACCCUUUUCCAUGGCUACUACAGCAAGCGGAUUAGCUCGGGCUUUUGGACUGGUCGUUCGUCAGAUUGCAGACCUGCUCACGAUGCUUUUGGAUUAUCCGGCACUUGCUCCCACCCUUUCGCGAAAUUUGGACAUCACCAACCAAGAGUCCAUUCAGCUGCAACAAUUUUUGGAAUUCAGGUUGAAGCCAGUCUGGGAUUGGCUGGUCAACGUCAUGGACUCGACCGAAGCUCAGCUACGCUUUGGAGUAGCUUUAUCCAACGCUUCUACACCGAACGGAACACCUUCAAACCAUAUUACUUUGUAUGGAAGAACACCGCUGUCAAGAAUGGUUACUGCUAGUUCAGUUUUACCUUCCUCUCGAACGGCCGCAUCUUCAAGUUCGGCAGCCUCUGCACUGGCUGGUUCGGGAGCUGCACCUGGAACUUACGACGGCCGUAGAGGACAGGCUGGUGGUGCUGGCGGAGAACGGGGCAACGAAGUGCCGGAUCCCUUGACGGGAAGGCGCGAAUUUUUGAAUUACUGCCUUUCACUUAUGCGGGCUCACAAUGGCGAGCAUUCCGACACCCUGCCCGUUAUUGACGUCUCGUCAUUGAAGCACAUUGCCUAUGUGUUCGAUGCCCUUAUUUAUUACAUGCGGUCGGGAAAUGAAUCCAACCCGUACGGUGAUAAUGGUAGUGGUGAAGAGUACAUCGCUGACAUGUUCAACGAACCGGACGAAAACGAAAAUGCUGAUAUGGAUGAAGAAACCGGGGGAGCCAUGGACACUGAAUCUGUUGGUGGCGAAGAAGAAGCUGUAGUCCGGCAAAGUGGUCGCAAGCAUCCAUUCUUCCGUCGCUCCGAGUCGACGUUGUGUUUGGGAUGCCCACAGCCGGAUCCGUUUGCUCUACCGAUGAUUGAAGCGUUGCCUCUGGCGGACCAACCGCAUCUUCUGCAACCAUCUGCUCGCCGCGAAGAACUUUUUGGCGCUCCUCGCCAACCCAUCACGAUCCAGCCAUCAGGAAAUCAUCCACCUGGCUCGACCAAUCCUCUUGAAGUUAUACCUACUCGUUUAGGACUGUCUACAAGGACACCGGAGGUACAAACGGAUCCAGCUCAAGCUCCAGUUCCCCCUCUAGUGGCGACCCCAUUGAAUCCACAACAACCAACACUUCCUCCACUUCAUUCAACUUCUGAAGUCAUCCAGGAAACUCCUCAGAAUUUGUCUUUGAAAGAUUCGGAAUUCGCUGAAGUGAUUGAAGUAGCCCGUGUCAGUCCAAGUGUGGCCAGCAGCGUCAUUGUGUCACCCCGACGGGCUGCUGCCACUGCUCAGAGCGUUAUCGUUCGGACUGGCACUGUGAGAGACAAUGCCCCUGCAGGCACAAGUACCGCAGGCAGUACUCCGUCUACCGUACCGAGAGAGAAAACGGAAGAAACGGCACCAUCCGCUUCUAGCUUUUGGAUGGGUAAAAAUUCCACUCCGAAUGUGAGCCAGUUAAUUUCAAGCGAUUUGCUGUUGGGGCGCUGGAGAUUGACAUUAGACUUGUUUGGUCGCGUUUUUAUUGACGAUGUCGGAACGGAAGCUGGAUCGGUCAUUGCUGAGCUCGGUGGAUUCCCAGUCAAAGAAGCUCGUUUCCGUCGCGAAAUGGAGCGCCUGAGGAACAUGCAGCAGCGUGACUUGACACUGUUUAAAAUGGAUCGUGAACGCGGAAUGCUCAUUACGCAGACAUUCAAGGAACUCAAUACGCAAUACAACACCCAUUGCAGACGUGCAACGGCCACGCAACCUCCAUUGGCCGUUAGUAGAGUUAAAGUGACGUUCAAAGACGAGCCAGGCGAAGGAUCUGGAGUAGCCCGCAGCUUCUAUACAGCCAUUGCUGAAGCCAUUCUCUCGCAAGAAAAAUUGCCAAAUCUGGACGCUGCCCAAGUUGGAGCUGGAUCAAAAGCUUCUCAGUCUCAAUCAGGAAUUGCACGUCGUCGAAAUCGCAGCUCCAUCUCAGGAGAUCAGUCACGACGUCACGGUCCACCCCGUCUGUCACAAGUUCGCGAUGCUCGUCUUCGGACCUUGAACUAUGAUGCCCGUCCUUUCCAACCCGAUGGCGAAAUUCCUACCACCAACAACGAUCACCUCUCACCACACGUAAUUCAGUUGGGAGAAAGACUGUAUCCUCGAGUGGCCGCUCUAAGACCCACCCUGGCUGCCAAAAUUACCGGCAUGCUUUUGGAACUCUCACCUGCUCAAUUGCUUAUGCUUUUGGCGUCAGAAGACUCGUUAGAACAAAGGGUCAACGAAGCCGUCGCCGUCAUUCUAGGUCAAAGUCAGUUAGCACAAGGCAGAGAGCUUUCGUCGGAAGCCAUUUUGGAAAUGGAUCUUCUCUUCAAUCUUGGCAGCAGGAAAAACCCCACCACCGCCACAGCUGGAACGUCGACCGGUUCUGACGCUGACGAUGGUGUCGAGGAAGACGAUACGGCUCCGCUCUUCUAUUGCCCUGGCAAACAAGGUUUCUACAGUCCUCGUCAAGGCAAAGCUUCUACCGAGCGCCUCAACGCAUUCCGUAACGUUGGUCGCCUGAUGGGCCUGUGUCUCCUCCAGAACGAAUUGUGCCCUAUUGCAUUGAAUCGUCACGUCCUCAAGGCAAUCCUUGGUCGUCCCAUCCGGUUCCAUGAUCUGGCCUUUUUCGAUCCCGUUGUUUAUGAAUCCUUCCGUCAGCUUGUCGUUGAUGCCGAAACAAAAGAUCUUAGUGGAUUGGAUUUGACAUUCAGCAUUGACCUGAGCCCUGACGAAGGAUCGGGAUUUGUGGAGCUGAUUCCUGGUGGAAAAGACAUAGAAGUCACCUCUCAGAACAUUCACAGCUAUGUGAGGCGUUACGCUCAAUACCGAAUGGUUAGGACGCAAGCCAAAGCCAUGGAGUCUAUUCGUUUGGGCAUUUUCGACGUGUUGCCUCAAAAUGCCUUGGAAGGAUUAACAUCCGAGGAUCUGCGACUUCUACUGAACGGCACAGGCGAGAUCCGUGUACAGACGCUCAUUUCGUAUACAAGUUUCAACGACGAAUCUGGAGAGCCGCCCGAGCGUCUGUUGCGCUUUAAACGCUGGCUCUGGUCUAUCGUCGAGAAGAUGACGACUCAAGAGCGACAAGACCUAGUCUACUUUUGGACGGGAUCGCCGGCAUUGCCUGCCUCCGAGGAAGGUUUCCAGCCCAUGCCAACGGUGACCAUUCGUCCAGCCGAUGAUGUCCAUCUACCUACGGCGAAUACUUGCAUUUCGAGACUUUACGUUCCGCUGUACUCCUCGAGGACGAUCUUGCGUAACAAACUUCUCCUAGCCAUUCGUACUAAAAAUUUUGGUUUUGUCUAGAUGACAGUACCAUUAGAGAUAAAAACACAACCCAACAACUAAACAAAAACAAUUACAUAUGGAACUUAGCGGAGUAUUUUUCCGACUCUCAUUGUUCAAUAUCUUUUUCUUCCCUAUUAUGGCCCCCCUCUAAAUUCUUUUUUUCUUAUCGAAUUUUACACACAAAUUUCAGAAUUUAAAAAAUUGAAAUCAUUUGUUUCAAGCUAAACAAAAUUCUUCAUUCGUUGCUAUUUCAAACCUCGGUGACACAGUUAUCGAUAUAACACGAAACACCUUGGAAGUGUCCAUAAAUUGAAAGUAUAAACACCAGAUUUGUGAAAAAAAAUCAAGGAUGAAACCCAAAUGUUAGGGGAACAAACCUUGUAAUGUAAACGUUCUUUGAAAUAAUUUUCACUUCCUUUUUUUUCAUUAAAUUUUGUUUUUCAUUCCAUUUUUUUUUUUUCAAUUUAAAUCGUCCCAUAUCUUUUUCUAUCUUUUGCUGAAGAGAGUGAUAGAUGACGAUGAUUCUUCAUCUUUUGUUUGUCAUAUGUGGAAAUAAGAAUACACGGAUCUGACGGUUGAA